UGGCAGUUGUGCUUGUACUCGGCUAUGGACCAUUCUCUCUGCAACUCCCAAACUUUCAACUCGCAAUAGCGAUACGGCGACCGCCAAUAAAUAAAACGGCAUCACUACCGCACGCAAAACCUCUGCCAAGAGUUACAGAUUCACACUCAUUUUUGUAUCUAUGUACCCCGGCCCAGAUCCCAUGUCCCCUGUAAUGAUCGUCACUUUGUUAAUCCUCACGCUGUUUUUCUACGGCAAUGAAGCAUCGUCUUCGCUGGUCCCUAGAUCUCGUUCGAUUCUACGGUCGAUCGACGAUAAAGCUGAGAAACCCGAUUAUGCGGUGGAAUUAAACGCCACCAAUUUCGAUUCUGUGUUGAAGGACACCCCUGCUACUUAUACCAUUGUUGAGUUCUUUGCACACUGGUGCCCUGCUUGCAGAAACUACAAGCCACAAUAUGAAAAGGUUGCUAAGAUUUUUAAUGGGGCAGAUGCUGUCCAUCCAGGGACAAUAUUGAUGACCAGAGUAGAUUGUGCCUUGCAGAUAAAUAGUAAUCUUUGUGAAAAGUUCUCCGUGGGGCACUACCCGAUGCUUUUAUGGGGCCCACCGACUAAGUUUGUGUCUGGGAAAUGGGACCCAAAGCAAGAAAAAGGUGAAAUACGCUCUAUUGAUGAUGGACGUACAGCAGAUCGCUUGCUCAACUGGAUUAAUCAACACUUGAACAGUUCAUAUGGUCUGAGUGAUGAGAAAUUUGAGAAUGAUCACCUCCAGAAAAAUGCAUCAGAUAUUGGACAGAUUGCACGAGCUAUAUAUGAUAUUGAGGAGGCAACAUCCACUGCUUUUGACAUCAUUAUAAACCACAAGAUGAUCAAACCAGAGACUCGAGCAUCACUUGUAAAAUUCUUUCAACUUUUGGUGGUCCAUCACCCAUCUAAAAGAUGCCGAAAGGGUACUGCGGAAAUACUUGUUGAUUUUGAUGAAUUUUCCUCCAAGGAAUUUGGAAGUGGUCAGAAGGAAGCAUUCAAGAAUUAUCAAAUUUGUGGGAAAGAGGUUCCUCGUGGAUACUGGAUGUUUUGUCGUGGGAGCAAGAAUGAGACCAGAGGUUUUAGUUGUGGUCUGUGGGUUUUACUGCAUUCGCUAUCUGUUAGAGUUGACGACGGAGAGAGCCAGGUGGCAUUUACCGCAAUAUGCGAUUUCAUUCAUAAUUUUUUCAUCUGCGAAGAGUGCCGACAACAUUUUUACAGCAUGUGCUCAAGCAUUUCUAGCCCUCUGAAGAGAUCACGUGAUUUUGUCAUCUGGUUAUGGGAAGCUCACAACAAAGUCAAUGAACGACUCCAAAAAGAGGAGGCAAAUCUGAAGACAGGCGACCCACAGUUCCCAAAAGCCAUUUGGCCCCCACAACAGCUCUGCCCUUCUUGCUACAAAAACAGAAAAAAUGACGCUUUCGAUUGGGACCACGAUGAGGUCCACAAGUUCUUGACAGAUUAUUACGGAAAUACCCUCGUGAGCCUCUACAAGGACAAGGAGAAGCAACUCGCGCAAAAAGGGGUUGAAAGUGUGUUGGAUGAUGAUCUGGCAGCCUCGGUGUCGACACAUGCAGUGGUGGUACCUGUGGGGGCCGCUUUGGCUAUAGCUGUUGCCAGCUGUGCAUUUGGAGCCCUCGCUUGCUACUGGCGCCAACAGCAGAAGAGCCGGAAGUUUGAGAUGAAGGCUUGUUUGAGAACGAGAUCCCAAGCAUUUUGGGAGGGUAGUCGACUAUGUUCUCGGGAUUUGCUAUCUGAUUGGACUGGCGCUAUUUUCACCGAACUUCUUUAUCCGUAUUAUUUAUCAUUUGAUCCAACCCUCAUUCAUGUGGAUGAAUGGGCGUUUCAGUCCCUGUUCGGCUGUUCCAAUGCUAAAAUCCUAGGCCGACCGCAAGUAGUUGUGAGAGCCUGGGGGUACACCCGCGAGUGGGACGACACCGCACUCACAAAGGGGCUAUCUAUACUGAAGGCUGGAAUGGUGACCCAGCGCUCCCCGCAGACCACCCGUGGUGGCCGAAAUAAGCAUUCUCGGCCUCCUAAGACCUGUCAGCAGUCUUCGACCGUCUCCGGGUCUUCGGAUCGUGCGCGUCGCUUGGCCAUGUGUUCACUGCUCGCGCUGAUCGUCAAUCGUCGGGGUUGCUUGUUGCCUCGCCGCGUCACGCGCUGGUCGCGGUGUGCUGCAGCUCACUGCGUGCGACGUGCAGCUGGCCAUUGUUGGCGAAUUUUGUUCACUGUAGCCCGCAGACCUAACUGCGCUCAAGACUUGUUCCCACAGAUGAUUUGUUUGUUGCGACCCACGGAGACUCCGCAGUCCGCGGACCUAUCUGAGGCUCCAGGCUCAACCUACUCCACUAGCCCUUUAAGUGGAUUCAAAGGAGCAUCUAGUAGACCUGACAGCCUUGCUUGGUUGAUCGCUUCGUGGCUUACUGGCCUCGCCACCGGGUACAUCAAUCUUCUGAUGACCUUAGGAUCAGGGAUCGAGGAAGACAUAAUCGAACACAAGUUGAACAUUGAUCCUAUGGCCAUAUUGGAGCUAAGAUGGAUAGAGUUAUUGAAUCACUGGGUCGGCCUCUCGUACGAGGUCAGCACUUGGGAUUUCCUUACGAAUUCUUACAAAGGUGUAGGCCUGCAGGCUGUGAUGUCUCGUCCAAUCACCAAUGAUUACCCCCCAAGUGGCAUUAUUAUUGUAUUAUCGAACUCGGCACCUGCCUCUAAGAAAACGGCUUUGAAGCCUCAGUGCGAAUAUUACUACAAUCUUGAACCACUUCAGAGGAAGAAGAUGGGUCGCGAAACGGACGUGAGUUCUUCAGCCCACAAGCCAAAACCUCACGCGGGCUGUCCGUUUGCCUGCAGAUGA